UUACACGUUCAAAUUAGUUUUUUAUAUUUAUAUUUUAAUAAAAUAUUUUUUCUUAGUUUUUCUUGCUGAAAAACGUAAGUAUGGAUUCCAAUGACAGCGAAGAGGAUCGAAAAGAACGUGAUAAAUUUGCAGAAAGGUUAAAAAGAAAAGACAAAGAUAGAACAAGAAAUAUUGCAAUUCCUCGAUCAGACAAGAAAGCUUAUGAAGAAGCUGCAAAACGGUUAAAGUUGGAAAAUGAUAGAGAAAAAGAAACAGUCAUACCAAGGUUACGAAUUGAAUCACGACGAAAAUAUCUUGAAAAGAGAAAAGAAGAUAAAGUUACUGAGCUUGAAGCAGACAUAUUAGAUGAUGAAUAUCUAUUUGAUGCGGAAGAUUUGACUGAGCGAGAACUUAUUGAACGUGAGCAUAAAAAAAAGUUACUAAUACUUGCCAAAGAACAUGAAAAAGCAAGAGAGCUCGAAAAAAUUCAGCGUUAUCAUAUGCCACAAGAUCUUAAUGAUGAUCAAAUGCAAUAUGAAGUUGAAGUUGAUAAAGCCCCUACUACAGAACAACAAAAAUGGGAAGAAGAGCAAAUGUCUUCAGCUGUUUAUAGGUUUGGUGCCAAACGUGAAGAAAAGGAACAAUAUGAACUAUUACUUGAUAAUCAAAUAGAAUUUAUACAAACUGCCAAUAUACCAGGCACUCAUGAAAAGUUUGAACCAGAAAUCACUGAAAAACAACGUAAAAGAUUAAAUAUUGAAGAGACACAAAAGAGUUUACCUAUUUAUAGAUUUAAAAAAGAUUUAAUUCAAGCUAUUAAUAAUAAUCAAAUACUUAUAGUAGAAGGUGAAACUGGUUCAGGAAAAACAACACAAAUUCCUCAAUAUUUAUAUGAAGCUGGUUAUACUAAGGAUAAUAAAAAAAUUGGAUGUACACAACCAAGAAGGGUUGCUGCUAUGUCUGUUGCUUCUCGUGUAGCUGAAGAAAUGUCUGUUAAACUUGGAAAUGAAGUUGGUUAUAGUAUACGUUUUGAAGACUGCACAUCAGAACGAACUGUUAUAAAAUAUAUGACUGAUGGUACAUUACAUAGGGAAUUUUUAUCAGAACCAGAUUUACAGUCUUAUAGUGUUAUGAUAGUUGAUGAAGCUCAUGAAAGAACUCUUCAUACUGAUAUACUUUUUGGAUUAGUUAAAGAUGUAAUAAGAUUUAGGUCUGAUUUGAAACUUCUGAUUUCAAGUGCCACACUAGAUGCUCAGAAGUUUUCUGAAUUUUUUGAUGAUGCUCCUAUUUAUAGAAUACCUGGAAGAAGAUUUCCAGUAGAUAUUUAUUAUACUAAAGCACCUGAGGCUGACUACAUUGAUGCUUGUGUUGUAUGUAUACUUCAAAUACAUGCAACUCAACCUUUAGGAGACAUCCUUGUGUUUUUAACUGGCCAAGAAGAAAUUGAAACUUGUCAUGAACUUUUACAAGAACGUGUUCGUAGACUUGGCUCGCAAAUUAAAGAACUCAUUAUUCUUCCAGUUUAUAGUAAUUUACCUACUGAUAUGCAAGCAAAAAUUUUUGAGCCUACACCUUCUAAUGCUAGAAAAGUUGUUUUAGCUACUAAUAUUGCAGAAACAUCACUUACAAUUGAUAACAUAAUAUAUGUAAUUGAUCCAGGAUUUUGUAAACAAAAUAAUUUCAAUUCUCGUACUGGCAUGGAAUCUCUUAUUGUAGUUCCUAUAUCUAAAGCAAGUGCCAAUCAAAGAGCUGGUAGAGCUGGUCGAGUUGCUGCUGGUAAAUGUUUUCGUCUGUAUACCUCAUGGGCUUACAAAAACGAACUUGAAGAUAAUACUGUGCCAGAAAUUCAAAGGAUUAAUCUAGGAAAUGCUGUAUUAAUGUUAAAAGCACUUGGAAUCAAUGAUUUAAUACAUUUUGACUUUCUUGAUCCACCACCUCAUGAAACAUUAGUACUUGCACUAGAACAACUUUAUGCACUAGGUGCAUUAAAUCAUAAAGGAGAGUUGACUAAAUUAGGUCGACGUAUGGCUGAAUUUCCAUUAGAUCCAAUGAUGGCUAAAAUGCUAUUAGCUUCAGAAAAGUAUAAUUGUUCUGAAGAAAUAGCAACAAUAGCUGCAAUGUUAAGUGUAAAUAGUGCUAUAUUUUAUAGGCCGAAGGAUAAGCUUAUUUUAGCAGAUACUGCCCGUAAAAGUUUUUAUUCUAAAGGAGGUGAUCAUUUAGCUUUACUAAAUAUUUACAACCAAUGGGCUAAUACUGAUUUUAGUACUAAUUGGUGUUAUGAAAAUUAUAUACAACACAGAUCAAUGAGACGAGCUCGGGAUGUCAGAGAUCAAUUAGUGGGUCUCAUGCAACGAGUUGAAAUGGAAUUAGUUUCAAAUCCUACUGAAUGUGUUAAUAUACGUAAAGCAAUCACUGCAGGCUAUUUUUAUCAUAUUGCCAGACUAUCUAAAGGUGGACAUUAUCGUACUGUAAAGCACAACCAGACUGUUAUGAUACAUCCAAAUAGUAGUUUAUUCGAAGAUUUACCACGAUGGGUUUUAUAUCAUGAACUUGUAUUUACUACUAAAGAAUUCAUGCGCCAAGUAACAGAGAUUGAAAGUAAAUGGUUACUUGAAGUGGCACCUCAUUACUAUCAAGAUAAAGAACUAGAAGAUUCUACUAAUAAACGGUUACCCAAAACUUUAGGAAAAACGAAAUCAGAACUUGGAAAUAAUUAAUACAAUUAAUAUAAAAAUAAUUUAAAAAAAAUUACAUUUAUUAUUAAAUGGUAACUUACAAAAGUAUUGUUUUGACUUGGAUGUAUUUUUUUGUAAAUAGAUUAUUUUGCAUUUCAAAAUUAAUAUGUAUUUCAAAGCUUU